CCUCUCCUUUGGAUUCGAUUCCACAGGCUCUACCUACAUUAUAUGGAUGUUAACCAUUAAAUCAUAUUGACGAUAUAUCAUUUGAAUUCCCACGUUUCUGAUAAUCUGCCCCUAUUCUUGUAUUGGCCCUCGAGCACUUCGCCAGACUCCAAGAUGGCGCACAUCUACAAUAGCCAACUGGACGCCUACUCCAUCUACCAUAUCGAGAAAGAAGACCCCAACUCCCUCCUCUACCAGCACCAGCACCACCACCAUGGCUCUCCCUCCAACGCCCUACCCGCACUCGGCCACGCUAUCUCUGGUUCGACAGGAACGGCCAUCUCGAACCUUGUCACCUACCCCCUUGAUCUGAUAAUUAAGCGUCUUCAAGUCCAGCGCAUCCAGCAUUCCAACUCCACCGACUCCUCCGAUGACACAUACGACGGCAUCCUCGACGCCGCCGAGAAGAUCUACGCGCGUGACGGCAUUGCAGGUUUCUUCGCUGGCGCCAUCCCCGACACCGCGAAGAGUAUCGCAGACUCAUUCCUCUUCUUCCUCUUCUAUAACUACCUACGCACGCACCGACUCGAUGCACACAGCACUCACAAACUCAGCACCCUUGACGAACUCGCCGUGGGCGCCGCUGCUGGCGCCCUAAGUAAGCUAUUCACUACACCCCUAUCCAACAUCGCAACUCGCGCCCAGACCUCCCGCAGCGCAACCUCGGUGCAGGAUAUCGCGAAUCGCAUCCUCAAGGAGAAGGGCAUCCAAGGCUUCUGGGGCGGGUACUCUGCCAGUCUGGUACUGACACUCAACCCCUCCCUCACAUUCUUCUUCUUCGAGUCACUGAAACGCCUACUACCACGCUCCAAGCGCGACGACCCAGGGGCACGUCUUACGUUCCUCCUUGCUGCGCUUUCCAAGGCCGCCGCAUCGAGUAUCACCUACCCCUUCUCACUCGCCAAGUCGCGCUCACAAGUCUCACCCGCACCAGCAGUUAAGCAGUCCCGUGCUGAACUCAAGGCGGAGGCGAAAUCCGACCUCCACAAGGCCGCGCAUUCUGCCAAAGCCGCCAAGGCAGUGGGACGGAAGGACCUCAAGCGCGCUGCUGACGCGACGGUAUUCAGUGCCGUAGCGCGCAUCUACCGCGAUGAGGGGCUAGAGGCGCUCUACGUUGGACUCGGGGGGGAGGUACUCAAGGGCUUCUUCAGUCAUGGAAUUACGAUGCUUGUGAAGGAGCAAGUUCACGGGUGGGUCAUCAAGUUAUACUUCGCUCUCAUGAGCGCGUAUCGCAAAGUUGGACUGGGAGAGGUGAAGAAGACAGACGCGUACGAGCGCGCGGCGGAGCAGGCGAAGAAGUUAGCGAGGAAGAAGGACGCGUAUCAGCGCGCGGCGGAGAGGAUGAAGGGGUCGAAGACGGCGGGGGCGACGGCGCUGCCGCUGGUGGAUGGGGCGGUGGGGAUGGGGGAGAAGAUGGAGGGUGCGAAGUCGGCGGCUGCUGCGAAGGCGCAUAGUGUGCUUGAUCAGGCGGUUAGGGGGACAAAGGAACAGGUUAGUGGGGAGCGGGUUGGUGGGGGGGUUGGGAGGCGCGCGUUUGGAGGAGAUGUGGAUUCCAGGGCGGAGGUGGAGUCGGAGGGGCCGGGGGGGUGGAAGGAGGCGAAAAGGUUGUUGGAUGGGGUGGGCAGUAUGGGGGAGUUGGAUAUGUUUAAGGAGAAGAAGGUUGGGGGUAUUGAGGAGUAG